ACCGGAAAUCGCAGAAAAUCUAUAUAACCGGAAAUUGACGAACUAGAAUGCGUUGAUACUUUGUGCUGCCAAUUCAUUAUACGAUACGGGAUAAAAGCAGGUUACUUGGGAUGUAUGAGAGAUCACCGGAGCCAAGGAGCUUGGGCAGUGAGAUCACAGGAGGAUAGAGUUGCUUUGUCCUCUGACAGCUACAGAUGCCCUGGCCCUGGCAGCCAUAGUUGACAGCAAUGGCCAGUGAUUCACAGCAGUUACCUUCUCGAGGACCGUACAUUGGUGUAAUCACCAACAGAACCACCAACCUGGUGAUACGUGGGGCCAUGCUGUUCUCCGUUGGGGUGUUCUUGGCCCUGGUGCUCAACCUGCUGCAGAUCCAGAGGAACGUCACUCUCUUCCCCCCAGAUGUCAUCAGUAGUAUUUUUUCCUCAGCCUGGUGGGUGCCACCCUGCUGUGGUACAGCCUCAGCCAUGAUUGGUCUGCUGUACCCUUGCAUUGACAGUCGUCUGGGAGAGCCUCACAAAUUCAAGCGUGAAUGGUCGAGUGUGAUGCGUUGUGUAGCUGUGUUUGUGGGUAUCAACCACGCCAGUGCUAAAGUUGACUUUGCUAACAAUGUGCAGCUGUCCCUGACCCUGGCUGCCCUUUCAGUCGGCCUGUGGUGGACCUUUGACCGCUCACGCAGUGGUUUUGGCCUUGGUGUGGGCAUUGCCCUGCUGGCUACCCUGGCCACUCAACUCCUAGUCCACAAUGGAGUGUUUCAGUAUACAUCUCCAGACUUCCUAUACAUUCGCUCCUGGUUACCCUGCAUCUUCUUUGCUGGUGUGAUAACCAUGGGAAACAUAGGAAGACAGCUAGCCAUGUAUGAAUGCAAAGUUGUUCAAGAAAAGACUCAUCAAGACUGACAGUUCAGAGAUCUACAUAAAAAUGAAGUUCAACAAAAAGCCUGUUGAAAUUUAAGAACUUCUUUAUUGCUCAGCUUUGAAAAGGAUGGGUCAACUACGGUGGCAGUGGAGUGCUCACACACUGCUAAAGAAAAAUAAACAAUGCUUUUCUGCAAGUCAGUGUUUUGAUCGGCCCAUUGAAGUAAAACUAUAUGAUCCCACAUCUGUCAACAUCAUGGAAUGGAUAUGAAACAGUUUGAUAUGAAAUCGACAUGAGAAUAAUUUUACAACAGAAAAUUUAAAUAAUUACACAAUGAGAGAAAUUAGUGGAAGUUAAGAUUUCUUCAGUGUAGUGUCGUUGCAAUCUAUGAUUGUAAAUUCACAGGAACAAUAACUUCUGAUCUUGUGGUGUUUUGGUCACCUUAGCUCCUGUGGUUUGGAUCAUUUGGCUUCAUUGUGCCAAACACACUUUUACAAGGGAUCAGCUAUGACUUACGUAUCUCAUGUAAUAGUAGAGCCAUCCAUAACUUCUGUAGAUAUAGUAUUGUGUCCAAAUCUUAAGUAUAAACGUUCAAUUUAUAGUGCAUGUCCUUUUGGCUGUAAUGGCCCUUGUUGAUGCCAUCCCUGAUAAUCAGUGUGGUGGGUCCAGAGGGUGUUCCUGAAAACACACUAACCAAUUCUACAUCCAUACGGAAAGGGAGUCUGGUGGCUCUUAUUCAAAUACAAUAACGGCCAACUGGGUCGGACCCUCUUCUGGUCAGCAGGUCAGACCCCACUGUUUUUGGUUGGUGUGUUCUGGCCUUCACUUGCCCCCAUGUCCAUAUGGGUGGCUGCUUUAUCCUGUCAUACAACCUCUCACACCUGAUAAAUCAGACCAGUAUAACUGGAUUCAGCCAUUGGUCUGAAUAACUUGAAUGGGACUAUACUGUUAACUGACUGGUUUUUGGUGUGAAGGGAGUAUAAUAAAGUCUCGUUGAAUAAAAUCGAGGGUGAUCUUGAUUGAUUUGUUUUGGUCGCGUAAUAAUGAAAGGGUCCAAAUACAGUGUUAUAUAACACACUGCAUGUUGAGUUUAAAACUUGUCCAGACGUGGGGUCGUAUU